AUGGUUACAACAGCUAGCCAAGAGGCUCCCUUUUGUGCUACAGAACAUUUGAUUCUGGAGUAUUAUAAAGCACUACUAGACGUAACAGAGCACAAUUGGUUCUUCAAACCUACAUAUCGCGAUUAUAUUGCAGCUCAAGAUCAUAUAGAUAAAGACACAAAUACUAUCAAUACGGAUGAGCAUUUCUUUAUCGGGUUUGAAAAUAGCUUAAAAGAAAAAAAUAAUCUCAAGACUUUACUAUUACAAGAUUUACAAGAUACAAACGAUUCAAAUGAUGAACUAUCAAAUACAACGAUAAGUACAGUUAUCAAUACAAAAACCAAUACUCCUACUCCGGCUGCUAUAAUGGUUACUGAAACAGAUAUUCGUACUCCGAAAGCAAUAAGUAAUAAUGCUAACAAUGUUCCUAGUAACACGGAACUGAAUGAUCUUACCCCAAUGAGCAAAUCGAAUAUUAAAGAAAAUUGUAUUUCGGAUACAGAGACUAUAGUUCCGGAUAAUGAUUUUCCAAAGGAUAACGGAUCUCUAAGUCGUAUAACUAAAUACAUCAAUUAUUUGCCAAUUAAAAGGAUUACAAAGAUGAUGGCAACUUCUAUACCUGGCUGGAAUUCUAUUUCCAUGGCUAUCACUGAAUUUCAAUCAAAUAGAUUAAAACAGCAGAAGAUAAAGGAGUUGUUGAAAAAAAGAUAUGAAAUCACUUCGUAUAAUGAAUGGAAGGAAAUUAGUUUACAAUUGGAUCAUCUGACGGGCAAAGAAGAUUGGAAAUAUGAAGAAGAAUCUGAUUUAUAUGAUUAUCAAUUGGUUAAAGAUAUAACUCUAGAGAUGAUCCAUUUAAGAGAAACCAAACAAUAUAUGAAAUUAUUAUGCUUAUUAAGAACCAAAUGGGUUAGAAAUAUUGGUAAUAUGGGUAAUUUGAAUUUGUAUAGACAAUCUCAUGUCGGUACUAAAAAAAUUAUAGAUGAUUAUAUGCAUGAAUCUACAAACGCUCUAGACGCAUUAUUAAAUGAUUCUAAUCUAGAUACAGAAUAUUUAUUAACUGUAUUGCAACAAACAAGAAGAAAUAUUGGCAGAACUGCUCUAGUAUUAAGUGGUGGUGGUACUUUCGGACUUUUCCAUAUCGGUGUCUUGGCGGCAUUGUUUGAACAAGAUUUAUUACCAAGAGUUAUUAGUGGUAGUAGUGCUGGUGCCAUUGUAGCAAGUAUUUUAUGUGUACAUCAAACAGAAGAGAUUCCAGGCUUAUUAAGACAGGUUUUAGAUAUGGAAUUUAAUAUUUUUACAGACGACACUGAAAAAAGUGAUAGUGAAAAUCUAUUAAUAAAGAUUUCCAGAUUUUUCCAAGAUGGUACUUGGUUCGAUAAUAAACAUUUAAUUAAAACUAUGCGAAGUUUUUUAGGUGAUUUGACUUUCAGAGAAGCAUAUAAUAGAUCUGGUAGGAUCUUAAACGUUACAGUUUCUCCAAUGUCAUUAUUUGAACAACCAAGGUUAUUAAAUAACUUAACUGCUCCAAAUGUUAUGAUUUGGUCUGCAGUUUGUGCUUCUUGUUCUGUUCCAGGUAUAUUUCCUUCAACUCCUUUAUAUGAAAAAGAUCCUCAUACUGGUGAAAAAAGAGAAUGGGAAGGUAGUACUUCAGUAAAAUUUGUAGACGGAUCUGUUGAUAAUGAUUUACCAAUUACUAGAUUAUCUGAAAUGUUUAAUAUCGAUCAUAUUAUUGCAUGUCAAGUUAACUUACAUGUAUUCCCAUUUUUGAAAAUGUCAUUAUCUUGUGUAGGCGGUGAUGUUCAAUAUGAAUUUAAUGCAAGAUUGAAAAGUAACAUAUCCAAGGUUUCAAAUUUCAUAUCUGAAGAAAUUAUGCAUUAUUUAGAACUUGGUUGUGAGUUAGGGAUAAGUAAAAAACUUUUAACCAAACUAAGAUCUGUUUUGGCCCAACAAUAUUCGGGUGAUAUAACCAUUUUACCAGAAAUGAAAAUGCUACUUAGACUGAAUAGUCUAUUAAUUAAUCCAACAAAAGGGUUCCUCCUAUAUGAAUCAACAUAUGGUGCAAGGGCUACCUGGCCAAAAUUAUAUCUAAUUCAAAACCAUUGUUAUCAAGAAAUCGCAUUGGAUAAGGCAAUCUCCUAUUUAAGAGGGAAAGUUGUCAUGUCAAGAUCAAUUAAGAAUCCUCUUCAAUUAUUUAAUCCUUCGUUGGGACUCAUAAAACCAAUUCAUAAGCAUAAUAGUAUCAAUAAAAAUAAUACUAGGGAUAAUUCUGAAAAAGAUGAAAUCUCUCCUGUCGUCUUAGAUGAUAAUUUAAUCGAGCCACAUAAUAAGAAAUCAAUGUUAUUAUUACCAGAAAAAUUCUCCUCACCAAAUAAUAGAUUAUUGGAUGCUAUUCAACAUGCAGAAGGCUUACAUGCAGAUAGUGACUCUUCGUCUUCUAGUAUACAUCGUAAAAGAAUGCAAUCUGAUUUGACUUCCUAUUCAUCACCUACUAAACUAUAUCAUCAGCAACAACUUGUAAGUUCCAGUAGAUCAUCAAGAAGUAGGAAAUUAACAUCUCCAUCUUCAUUUAGACUAGGUAGACAAACAAAGAGAUUACAAGCUCCAUCAUACAAGGGUAAAAUUAUGAAUGAUAUGGUUUAUCCUUUAAAAGAUAUGACAAAACCAGCAAGCAGUAGUCCUUUACGAGAAAGAAGAUCACCGAUUCCUCAUCUUUCUACUACACCAAGAUACUCCUCUUAUACUUAUCCACCUCAAUCACCAAUUUUAAGGAGGAAUAAUAGAUUUAGAAGUUAUAGUUUACAGGCUCAAAAAUCAGCUCAGACAAAUAAUGCUAAAACCACCACAACUCCGUUAAAAGCCAGAACUAGAAGCAAUACUAUUUAUUAUGGAGAAUUGAACGAUGAAAAUGCAAGUUCAAGAUCCCUCAAUAUGCAUAUUCCAGAUCCGGCAAUUAUUGUCGAAGAACCAAUAAAGAGAAAUAAACCUUUAAAUAUUAAUACCAAUAUUACUUCUUCAAGCUUAAACUUGGCACCUUAUAGAUUUGAAAAUCCACAGUUAAACGAAUCAACAGCUGACGAAGAAGAAGUAGGAGAUAAAUAUUCUCCAGUAACACCAAACAAAGCCAAUUGCACAUUUUAG